UACCCCUAAAAAAACACACCGCACACCACUCCUCUCUCUCCACGCGCAGCGAACCCUAGUGCUCUCACCCUCUCCCGGAUCCACCGCCGCCGCACACCACUCCUCCUUCUGGAUCCACCGCCGGCGCCCCCAACCCCACUCCCUCCCUCUGGAUCUCCACGCGCCACCGCCCCCACCCCACUCUCUCCCUCUGGAUCUCAACGCGCCGCCGCCCCGACCUGCUCCUCAUCGGGUUCCUCAUCAGGCUCCUCAUCGUCCUCCUCGACCUGCUGCUCCCACCCAUGCUCCUCUCGAACUUCCUCCGCGUUGGCGUCCACCACGCCUCCGCACACAGCCUCCUCGACCAGGCUAGGGGCUUCCACUUCCACUUCCGCACACAGCAGCAACUCCUUCUUCUCCUUCCCCACUGCUUCCGCCUACGAUCGAUCCCACCGGAGCACCACCACCCACCGCCACCACCGCGCGGAUCAGAGCGGAGCGCCGAUGGAGGUGGUGAAGAGCCUCCUGAAGCCGAAGCCGACACCGCAGCAGCAGCUGCGCGAGUGGCAGCGCCGCCUCCGUAACGAGGGCCGCAACAUUGAGCGCCAAAUCCAAGACGUGCAGAAGGAGGAGAAGAAGGUGGAGAAGGCCAUCCGGGACGCCGCCAAGGCGCUGGCCAAGGAGCUGGUGCAGUCCAGGAAGGUGGUCAACCAGCUCUACGAGAACAAGGACCAGCUCAACUCCAUGUCCAUGCACCUCGGAAAGAUCGUCGGAUGCUGUGAUCGACGGCCUGAACAGCAAGACCCACAUGAAGAUCCUGCUGAAGUGGAUGUGGGGCAGGAGGAUCAUCAAGCUCUUGUGCACGUAGCGAGGAGCUGCUCUUCGCCUCGCCUUGCGCUGAUGAAAAAUACCAGUGCUUUCAUUGCUAAUAAUACACGCAUGCUCCACAACUAAUAUAGAAGAUGCAUUUCCAUCCCAUCUAGUAGGUGCUGACUCGAUGCAAACAAAUAAAAUAAAAUUAGUAGGUGUUAUAUGCUGAACGAUGCUAGCUGUUGUACCAAUGUGAUUUUGCUUGCUUGAUUGAUGACUGCUUGUCAUUAAUUAGAAAAAAGACGAAGAAAACCUUGUCUAUUUUAUUUGAGGAGAAUCAUGUAGCCCAUUCACUAGACAACCAAUACUACUACUUGUAUUUGCAUGUUUGCUUGCUUGCUUGCUUGUAGCACUAUCAAGUGUGAGGAAAUUCAGUACUAGGAUGUGUGGAGCGACAUGAAUACAUUGCUGCCGUGGUAUCUGUAUUCCAUUGUCCAGAUGAUUGGGCCAUGGAAGUUAUGCAUGGUAGCAUACAUGACGUCUUCCUUUUUAGCCUCUAGGCUGGCGCAGUUUGCCUGUUCUUAGUGUAGGUAGCUAGAUAAUAUCUACCUCGGUUUUCAUGAUGCUCUGUAUGGUUGCCAUGUUUAGAAUAUAUCCACCUCCUUGUUGUGAUUGCAAUAACAUGAUUAUAAUAUGUUAAGUAGUUUCUAGUUUAGUAUUCGAGGUGAAAUGCUUGGAACAUCUGUGUAUACAUUCAGUAUUCAUCAGCUCAGCUCAGUGACAUGCUCUUAUACACAUCUACACAACUUUUGAGAUCUUUUUAAUUAAUGUAAGUAUGGAUGGAUUCUUAUUACAGUAAGACACGUGGUAUGGGAGCUGGGCGCAAGCUCAAGACCCACCGCAGGAACCAGAGGUGGGCUAACAAGGCAUACAAGAAGAGCCACUUGGGCAACGAGUGGAAGAAACCCUUCGCUGGAUCUGUACAUCAGCUCCCAUGAUGUUGCAUUAGCUAUAAUCUGUACUGCUAAAAGAGGAGUAUAAACUGGAGUAAUUUUUUCAGCCAUUAUAUUUGUUUUCUUUUGGGCUGAUGCUCUCCACUGGAGUACAGCUGGGUACUGCAUCUCUUUUUGCAUUCCUUUUUUAGUCAGUCCUUGAACAUUUUUUAAAAGAUGAACUAGAGUACUCCUGGAGAGCAGUACAUGGAGUAUAGCUGUAACUUCUUGCAGUAUAGCUGUAGCAGUCCAUUAAGAGUAGUUUUGCAUAAGUAGCAUUAUGAGUGUGAUGUGGAGGUAAGAGUGGAGUCUCUACUCUAGAAAGAGGGCUCUGAAUCGCUGUUUAGCCCAUUCGAUUUCUGUGGUUUCCAGUUUAGUGUAGGAACACAGAGCAAUGUGGCUGGAGUUUGAUUUUCAGUCGGCAUAGUCUGCCUAUCCUACUGAUUUGUUGCACGUAAUUAGAAUUUGUAGGUUUAGUAUGAACGUUCCUUAAUCCAUUGGAUGGCCUCUGGCUAGUUCAGUUGGUAUCUAGUCUAGAAUAAAUUAUUUUUCCCA